AUUUUGGUUUGCAACCUCAGCAAAAAAACCACCCAACCUGUAUUUGAUGGCCCAGGGGCUGAUUCCUUUGUCCCCAGGGCUUUUAGGAGCUUUCCCACUGCUGGUGAUUCUUCUCCACACCCUCUUGAAGAAUUUACUUCCAUUCCUUAGAUCAGAUGUAGGUGAUAAUGCACAGAGACAAAAAACAGCAGCAGUUUUCCUCCCAAAUCCUUGGGGAUUGAACCCAAACUGAUGAAAAAAUCCCCAACAACCCCAGAAGAUGCAGAUCCUACAAGUUGGGGAUGGACGACUUGAAUUUUCCUCCCUCCCACUGCUCUGAUAUCUAGAGCCCAUCACUGCACAAGAGCAGAUCUGUGCUGGCUGGAAUGUCCCACCCCCUCCAGAGGUCCCUUUGCAUCCCAUGAUGCCUUUUUGCUCCCAAAGUCAAUCAACAUUCCCCAAAAUCCAUUUGAACCUGGGAGCUACAAAGCAGUUGGCAGGAGGCGUCGAUACGAUGGUUGCAAGAGCAGCUUCAUCUCAAGGCAACCAGGGCUCCCACCAGCACCUCUGAUUUUGACCCCACGGCCUCAUCCUCUGAUUUCUGAGCAGUUUCUGAGGGGAACUCAAGACAGACCCAGCUGAAGGGCUGAACGUCCCUGCCCCUCACCCAGGGAGCCCAACCCAGCGCUGGAGCUCGUGGAGGAACCUCUUGGAGGGGUUUUGUGCCACUUCUUCAAUCUCUUAGAAGCUCAGCAGCAGGACCAUGCUGGAGGAUGAAGAUGGGAUGAGUGAGAGGGGGCUCAGCAGCUCCAGGAGGAGAUACGACGAUGAGGAAGAUUACCACUCCAUCUACAUCGGGGUGCCAGUGUCCCGGGGUUACCGGCGCAAGCGGCGGCGCCGGAGGUCGGUGUCCAGCCGGGACAGGGCGAGCGAGGCCGAGCAGCCCGACGAGCGCCACGACCGCUCCGACACCGACGACGGCCACGCCUGCUCGGAGAGCAACGACAACGCCAGCAGGACCAUGUCUCCAGCUGCCGAACGGCUCCGCUACAUCCUGGGGGAGGAUGAUGAGCCUCCCAACCCCACGCUCUUCACGGAGAUGGACACACUGCAGCACGAUGGGGAGGAGAUGGAGUGGAAGGAGUCAGCCAGGUGGAUCAAGUUUGAAGAAAAGGUGGAGGAAGGAGGGGAGAGGUGGAGCAAGCCCCACGUGUCCACCUUGUCCUUGCACAGCCUCUUUGAGCUACGGACGUGUCUACAGACAGGAACAGUGCUCCUGGACUUAGAUGGCUACUCUUUGCCUCAGAUCAUAGAUGAUGUGAUUGAGAAGCAGGUCGAGGAUGGUCUGCUCAAGCCAGAGCUGAGGGAGAAGAUCAGCUACGUGCUCCUCAGGAAGCACCGUCACCAAACCAAGAAGCCAAUCCACCGGUCCCUGGCCGACAUCGGCAAGUCCGUCUCCUCCAACACAGCCCGCAGCCCCGGCCGGGGCGCGGCCGCCGGCGCCGCCUUCCACCGCUCCACCGAGGACCUGCGGAUGCGGCAGAGCGCCAGCUACGGCCGCCUGCGUCACGCGCAGAGUCGGAGCAUGAACGACAUCUCGGACACACCAAGUACUGACCAGCUGAAGAAUAAGUUCAUCAAGAAGAUCCCCAAGGAUGCAGAGGCCUCCAACGUGCUGGUGGGAGAAGUGGAGUUCCUGGAGAAACCCUUCGUAGCUUUCGUGCGGCUCCUCCAGGCAACCAUGCUGGGAGGGGUGACAGAGGUGCCCGUCCCCACCAGGUUCCUCUUUAUUCUCCUGGGUCCUGCGGGAAAAGCCAAAUCCUACAACGAGAUCGGCAGAGCCAUCGCGACCCUCAUGGUGGACGAUCUCUUCAGCGACGUUGCCUACAAAGCCCGGGACAGAGAAGACCUGAUUGCUGGCAUAGAUGAGUUUCUGGAUGAGGUCAUUGUCCUGCCACCUGGCGAGUGGGACCCCAACAUCAGGAUUGAGCCACCCAAAAAAGUGCCCUCAGCUGAGAAGAGGAAAUCAGUUUUCUCCCUGAACGAGGUGGGGCAGAUGAACGGCACGGCCGGGGGCGCGGGCGCCGGGGGCGGUGGAGGAGGCAGCGACGAUGGGGAGAUGCCUGAAGUUCAUGAAAUCGGGGAAGAGCUCGCAUGGACCGGCAGGUUUUGUGGUGGCCUCUAUUUGGACAUCAAAAGGAAGCUGCCCUGGUUCCCGAGUGACUUCUAUGAAGGCUUUCAUAUCCAGUCCAUCUCUGCCAUCUUGUUCAUCUACCUGGGCUGCAUCACCAAUGCCAUCACCUUUGGGGGCUUGCUUGGGGACGCUACAGACAACUACCAGGGUGUCAUGGAGAGCUUCCUGGGCACGGCGAUGGCGGGUUCCAUGUUCUGCCUCUUCGCGGGGCAGCCGCUCAUCAUCCUCAGCAGCACCGGCCCCAUCCUCAUCUUCGAGAAGCUUCUCUUUGACUUCAGCAAAGGCAAUGGCAUCGACUACAUGGAGUUCCGCCUCUGGAUCGGCCUCCACUCUGCCUUCCAGUGCCUUAUCCUGGUGGCCACCGACGCCAGCUUCAUUAUAAAGUACAUCACCCGCUUCACAGAGGAAGGUUUCUCCACCCUCAUCAGCUUCAUCUUCAUCUACGAUGCCAUCAAGAAGAUGAUUGGAGCCUUCAAGUAUUAUCCCAUCAACUCGGACUUCAAGCCAGACUAUGUGACCAUGUACAAGUGCGAGUGCGUCGCUCCCGACCCAGCCAACACGACCUUGUUCGAUGCUUCAGCUCCAGUGGCACCAAACACCACUAACAUUUCUCUGUACAAUGCUAUUAACCUAACAGCUCUGGACUGGACUCAGCUGAGUAAGAAGGAGUGUCUGAAAUACGGCGGGAGCUUGGUGGGAAAAUCCUGUAAAUUCGUGCCUGACUUGGCCCUCAUGUCCUUCAUCCUCUUCUUUGGGACCUACUCCAUGACCUUGACCUUGAAAAAAUUCAAGUUCAGCCGCUAUUUCCCCACCAAGGUCAGGGCUUUCAUUGCCGAUUUUUCCAAUGUCUUCUCCAUCCUCCUCUUCUGCGCCGUCGACGCCUGUUUCGGCCUGGACACCCCCAAGCUCCACAUCCCCAGUAUCAUCAAGCCCACCCGAGUGGACCGAGGCUGGUUUGUGUUUCCCUUUGGGAAGAACCCGUGGUGGGUUUACCUGGCCAGUGCCCUGCCUGCCCUGCUGGUCACCAUCCUCAUCUUCAUGGACCAGCAGAUCACGGCCGUCAUCGUCAACAGGAAGGAGCACAAGCUGCGGAAAGCUGCGGGCUACCACCUGGACCUCUUCUGGGUGGGCAUCCUGAUGGCUGUCUGCUCCUUCAUGGGGCUGCCCUGGUACGUGGCAGCCACCGUCAUCUCCAUCGCCCACAUUGACAGCUUGAAGAUGGAGACGGAGACCAGCGCCCCAGGGGAGCAGCCCCAGUUCCUGGGGGUCAGGGAGCAGAGAGUAACGGGCAUCAUCGUCUUCGUGCUGACGGGAAUUUCCGUCUUCCUGGCUCCAAUCCUGAAGUACAUCCCCAUGCCGGUGCUCUACGGCGUCUUCCUCUACAUGGGCGUCGCGUCGCUGAACGGCAUCCAGUUCUGGGACCGCUGCAAGCUCUUCCUCAUGCCAGCCAAGCACCAACCUGACUACGUCUUCCUCCGGCACGUGCCGCUGCGCCGCAUCCACCUCUUCACGUUGGUGCAGAUCAUCUGCCUGGCUGUCCUCUGGAUCCUCAAAUCUACUGUGGCUGCCAUCAUCUUCCCUGUCAUGAUUUUGGCCCUGAUCCUGGUGAGGCGGCUGCUGGAUUUUGUCUUCUCUCAACAUGACCUGGCCUGGAUUGACAACAUCAUCCCUGAGAAGGAGAAGAAGAAAGAGGAUGAUAAGAAGAAGAAGAAAAAAGGCAACAAAGGAGACAGCAGCAGUGAUGAGGAGGAAAGAGGUCCUCCACCUGGAGCUUUACGUUCUGAUUCCUCCCCAAAUGGUUCAGACCUGGAUCGCAGCAUCACGCUUCACCUGAAGAUCUCGUGCCCAUCCUCUCCUGCAUUUAACUACUCCCGAAGCCCCCUCUGCUCCGUGCCCCAGGUGAAGAUCGAGAUGGAGUCGGACUACGAGGACACCGACACCGAGAAACCCCCCCGGGACAUGGGCAGUGAGACCACCCUAUAGCCCCCCCAGCACUUCCUCUGCCUUUUAUAUAUAUAUAUCGAUAUUUCUAUAUUCAUAUAUAUAUAUAUAAAGGAAACUGGGCUGAUUGUUCUCUCUCAGAAGGAGAAGGUCCCCGGGGUCGGUCGCUCCGAUAGUUUUUAGCAUCACGAGUUCCAACCUGUUGUUGAAUUUUUCCUCCCUCUCUGCCCAGCGCAGGUGGUGCCCCUGGUGGCGAAAUGGGGUUGAAAAGGUGGAAUUGGUGAUUUUAUUUUUUUUUUUUUUUUUUUCGGCCUCUGCUCCCCCCCGGAGCUGCUGCUGGGCUGGAGAAGCUGGAGGUGGUUGAGGCUGUGGGAGCAGCCGGGAUGUU